UCCAGAGUUAUGGCCCCUGAAAGGGCCAGAAUUAGCUAUUUUGACCUUGUCUGCACAAUAGCAGCUUCAUUUAUGAUAUGAAUUUAAUCAAACUUGCACAAAACUUGUGUCACCAUAAGAUCUUGGUUCCUUUCUUAAACCGGCCAGAUCCCUUAAUGGGUUUCAGAGUUAUGGCCCCUGAAAGGGCCAAAAUUAGCUAUUUUGACCUUGUCUGCACAAUAGCAGCUUCAUUUAUGAUUUGAUUUUAACCAAACUUGCAUACAACUUGUAUCACCAUAAUAUCUUGCUUCCUUUCUUGAACUGGCCAGAUUCCAUCAUGGGUUCCAGAGUUAUGGCCCCUUAAAGGUCCAAAAUUUGCUAUUUGGCUUUUGAAGCCAUAUAGAGACUUCAUUUAUGGUUUUAUUUGAUACAAACUUCCAAAAUAUCUCCAACAACAAUAAAUCUUGGAUUCCAUGACAAAACAGAUCCAGUCGUAGGUUCCAGACUUAUUUUAUAUAUGAUUACCUCCCCUGAUUGUAAUCAAAAUGGAUUUAUAUCAGUAAGUACUUAUAGGACUUACUUGAAAUUCCAUUAUUGUUAUUAGUUGGACUGAGACAAUCAGGGUAGAUAACUAUGGACUGAUUUUAUGUCAAAUUACCUCCCUUUAUUUCAAAUUAAAAUGGGUAUAUCUUUGAACUAAUGAAGAUACCGAUCUGAAAUUUCAUUUAUGUCAACAGAUUUAUUUGGCAGAUCCUUCUUUUGUUCACUUACAAUAUUUUUUUUUUAAUUACUUCCCUUUUACGUUACUAUAAAUAGCUUAUUUUUAGUAACUUUUUUUAUUAUUGGCUGUAGGGAAAAACCGAGACCAGUUUUCUGUGGUACAACAUGGAUGGUACCUCCAAUUUUUAGGUGUAUUUUGACAUAUCUAUACAUUGUAAGAAUUUUUUUUUCUUUUUGGUUAAAUUUCUUUCCUUUAGAUAUUUUUUCUGAGGGCCUUCUUGUCCUCAAGUGCAGUGAUAACAGGUGAGUGAUAUAGGGCCAUCAUGGCCCUCUUGUUUAACUUUUUCUUUUUCUUAAAGGUGUUGGGUUUGAUAGGCUCUUUGUGUUUUUUAUCCUCUGUAUCACAGUCUGAUAAGGUUUGUUUCACAGGCCUAUGCAUCUUUUUAUCAGUGCUAAAAUCAAAUAUUACGUUAAACAUCCUUUCUUUCCUCAGUAUUCUUGUUUUCCUUCUGAGGUAUUUUGUAAAAAUGAAUUUUUAAAGCUCAUCAAAUACUUUAGCAAGUAAUUUUAUAUUUUCUUCGAUACAAUAAUAACAGAUAUUGAAGAAAGUUAAAUGUUAAAUCUAAUAAAUAAACAGGGAUUUUAUAGAAAACAGUAGUAUUCUUUGUCACGAGCAAUGAAAAUCAGGAUACAUUUUCGAAGCUUUUAUACGUAUUGUGAAAAUCAGUUCACAAAGAAGACUGCAGCUGCCGUAUUUGCCAACAGAAAAAAGAAUUGAAACCACCAAAGGUUAGUAUCAGCUGUUUUCUUAAAUAGUUGCAGACUACUGUGAACUCAUUUAAAUUCGCUGGCAUGAAAUUUCGCGCAAACAUGAAAAAGGACUGUUUCACGUGGGCUUUAAUUCGCGCAUUUUCAAUUUUAGAAAUGAAAAUUUAGAAUUAAAAGAUAAUAAUAGCGCGGUCUUAAAUUCGCGCAUCAGUCCUAGCGCGAAAUACACGAAAACUCGUCCACGUUCACAGUUUUAUGCAAUUAUUGAUUUGGGAAUAAACAUCUAAAAUGUUCAGAAUUUUUGAAAUACAGAUACACUACACAUUUUCCUAUUUUCGUUUAAUAUUGUCAUGUUUUGUAGGGCAGCCAUAUGUUUAAGGUUAGCGGCAGGUGAAUAUAAUAAUACAUUGAUGUAUCAAAAUUAGAAAUAGGAUUGAAGUCAAAAGAAAUACUGACACUUUUUAGCUCACCUGUCACACAAAGUGACAAGGUGAGCUUUUGUGAUCGCAUGGCGUCCGUCGUCUGUGCGUAAACUUUUGCUUGUGACCACUCUAGAGGUCACAUUUUUCAUGGGAUCUUUAUGAAAGUUUGUCAGAAUGUUCACCUUGAUGAUAUCUAGGUCAAGUUCGAAACUGGGUCACGUGCCGUCAAAAACUAGGUCAGUAGGUCUAAAAAUAGAAAAACCUUGUGACCUCUCUAGAGGCUGUAUAUUUCAUGAGAUCUUCAUGAAAAUUUGUCAGAAUGUUCAACUUGAUGAUAUCUAGGUCAAAUUCGAAACUGGGUCACAUGACAUCAAAAACUAGGUCAGUAGGUCUAAAAAUAGAAAAACCUUGUGACCUUUCUAGAGGCCAUAUAUUUCACAAGAUCUUCAUGAAAAUUGGCCAGAACAUUCAUCUUGAUGAUAUCUAGGUCAAGAUUGAAACUGGAUCACGUGUCGUCAAAAACUAGGUCAGUAGAUCAAAUAAUAGAAAAACCUUAUGACCUCUCUAGAGGCCAUAUUUUUCAUGAGAUCUUCAUGAAUAUUGGUGAGAAUGUUCACCUUGAUGAUAUCUAGAUCAAGUUCGAAACUGGGUCACAUUGGGUCAAAAACUAGGACAGUAGGUCUAAAAAUAGAAAAACCUUGUGACUUCUCUAGAGGCCAUAUUUUUCAAUGGAUCUUCAUGAAAAUUGGUCAGAAUGUUCACCUUGAUGAUAUCUAGGUCAAGUUCGAAACUGGGUCACUUAGGGUUAAAAACUAGGUCAGUAGAUCUAAAAAUAGAAAAACCUUGUGACCUCUCUAGAGGCCAUAUUUUUCAUGAGAUCUUCAUGAAUAUUGGUCAGAAUGUUCACCUUGAUGAUAUCUAGGUCAGGUUCGAAACUGGGUUACGUGCGGUCAUAAACUAGGUCAGUAGGUCUAAAAAUAGAAAAACCUUGUGACCUCUCUAGAGGCCAUAUUUUUCAAUGGAUCUUCAUGAAAAUUGGUUAGAAUGUUUACCUUGAUGAUUUCUAGGUCAAGUUCGAAACUGGGUCACGUGGGGUCAAAAACUAGGUCAGUAGGUCUAAAAAUAGAAAAACCUUGUGACCUCUCUAGAGGCCAUAUUUCUCAAUGUAUUUUUAUGAAAAUUGGUGAGAAUGUUCAGCUUGAUGAUAUCUAGGUCAGAUUCGUAACUGGGUCAUGUGCGGUCAAAAAGUAGGUCAGUAUGUCGAAAAAUAGAAAAACUUUGUGACCUCUUUAGAGGCCAUAUUUUUCACGAGAUCUUCAUGAAAAUUGGUGAGAAUGUUCAACUUGAUGAUAUCUAGGUCAAGUUUAAAAGUGGGUAACGUGCCUUCAAAAACUAGGUCAUUAGGUGAAAUAAUAGAAAAACCUUGUGACCUCUCUAGAGGUCAUAUUUUUCAAUGAAUCUUCACGAAAAUUGGUCAGAAUUUUUUAUCUUGAUGAUAUCUAGGUCACAUGUGCUCAAAAACUAGGUCACUAUGUCAAAUAAUAGAAAUAACGACGUCAUACUCAGUUCAACACUGGGUCAUGUGGGGAUAGGUGAGUGAUUCAGGACCAUCAUGGUCCUUUUGUUUAGAUAUUGUCAGAUUACAACAUUUUAUGGAAAUAAACAAAGCAUACAUAUCUAAUAGGAUCUAGCUCCGUGUAAAUGCUUGUCGUUCCAUAGAAUGAAAUACAGAAUAACGAAAAGUGAAAAUUUCUUAAAAUGUUGACAGAGGUUUCCGUAAGUCAUAAUCUUCUUAUAAAAAUGCUUGAUUUUUGUACAUGUGUUAUAAAAAUUAAAUUAUUAUUUUUAUAACGAAGAAAGAGAAAAUUAUACGGGUAUAAUGUUAAUACAUUAUUAUUCAUUAAAAACAUAGACAUAAGAUAUUGACAAAAUUCUUAAUAUGUGUCAGCCUCAAUUUACUACAUGGCUGAAGCAGAAUAUCGUGAUUGUUUCACCAAAGGUUCUGCAUUUGCUUAUAUGUUUUUUGUAGAUUGUUUUUUCAUGUUGCAGGAAAUGUCAUUGAGGAAGUAGAUUUUGGUCCACAGAGAAAUAUUUCUAGACACAGAUUGAAAGUAGUUCACAACAGUGACAUAAUCAGGAAAUGCAUCAUCCCAGUACAGUGAACAUUCAGCAGCAGACAUUGCCAGUAUCAUUAUUGAUGAAAGAUUGCACUGCAGUGGCACAGGUGGUAAAUGCACUAUCCAAUUCCUGCUGGGAAUACGCUUAAAAUGGGUUGUGCAAUGUCCGGUGCUGGUGUUGUGCAUAAAAAAAGACGAAAUUGAGGUGCAAGACAUGACACAGAAAGAAUAGAAAGAAAUAGAGAAGUGAUAUCUGAAACUAGCUGUGUGGAGAUUUGGAAACACUAAGGCAUUACAUCAGUCAUUUUAGCUUGACCAGGAACAGAAAUAUAGCAUAGAACAAAAAAAUAGCACGGAACAGAAAAAUAGCACGGAACAGAAAGUUUACAGGAACAGAAGGAUUGCACUGAACAGAAAGAUUACAGGAAGCAACAAAAGGUUGCUGGUAACAGAAAUAUUACAUGGAACAGAAAGCUUACAAGAACAGAAAUAUUGCAUAGAACAGAAAAUUGAUGGAACUACUAGAAUCAGUUAAUCUGCUGUACAUACGCAAAAAUGAGGAAAAAUCUUGACAAUAUGCCACUGGUGAACAAUAUCAAAAUGUCUUAAUGUGAAGCAGUAUUGUUAGAUUGUUCAGUGAAGGUAUUAUAAAAUAUGUGUUGAGCCAGCUGAAGGUAUGAAAGAAAGUACAAAAAAUGAAGUACCUGAAUACAAAAAAAAAAUAUGAUUAAUGGUAAUGGAGGUUGGAUUUGUAAAUUAUGCAGUUAGCAGGACAGGAAAAUCUGACAGCAGAAAAUCUGUGCUAUCAUAAAUAUAUUCAAUCUCUGUUACAGUACAGGAAUAUUGUAUAAAUGUGAAAAUAAGUACAGACUCAUAAAAGACAAUUGGUUUGCAUAAGAUGUAUAGAAGUGGAAACACUUGGUAUACAUAAUUAAUGGGAAAUUCCCAGCUGAUUCCAUUUACUAUUUGAAAUUGAUGAGUGAAAUUAUGUAGCACAGACACAUAUAUAGAAUCUGUCUAGUGAAUUUCUCAUCGGAGCAUUUCCUUCUUGUUGCAGAGUGAAAAAAGGAUUGAAAGACAUUUUUGUUGAAAAUGCGGCAAGACCUGUCAUACCAGUUUCGGUCAACACCUCUUUUUAUUCCUGAAAUGAAAGCAGAGUACAAAACAGUAGAUGUAAUCACCAGCAGAGUAGUUUUCUCUCUUUGUUGAUUAAUUUGAUUUCAGGAGAAUGUGUUCGCUGAGAUUUAUUCAACAGAAAUAACUCCAGAAACUAUUUUAUUGGUUACACAGUCCUCAAAAUUGAUCAAGUUCUAGAACAUGAGUGAAAGAAAAUUGUAUUUAUCGUUUUAUCAAUAUUAAAUAAACUCUCGUUUCUAUUUAAAGCACUUUCCAUUUAAUUUUGUUCAGAUCUCUAUUUAUGACAAGAGCAUCAAAAAUGUCAAUAUUGAAUUUCAAUUCUGUUAGAAGUAAUUCUAUGGAAGCCAUACAUCAGAAAAUGUCUGUCAUAGAGAAUAUCUAAAGAAAGGCAAGUGCUGUUGACACAGGAAAAUUCCAGCCUACUUGAGUGUUGAUUUUUUGACAGAAGACAGGAGUUACCUGAUCAAUGAAAUUAUUUUUAUUAUGUAAGCAAUAACAAUAUACUCAUUCUUCAAGGAAAGAAAAGAUACUGAAAUCUUAAGCGAAAUAAAACAGAUUUAAUCUAACAAGGAACAAAAAAAAUCACAGAGAUUAAAAAGAAUAAAUUGAAAUAUUAGACAGAGUUCUCCCAUAAAACAGCCUACAGCUGAUCUGGGAGGGAAAAACAACCUCGUAAUUACUGAUUUUCACAAUAAACAGAAAUUACAAAAUCUGGCAAGAACAGAAAAAAAAAGUCAAGAAAAAAAAUUGAAUUAUUUGAUUAUAUUUUAAUGUUAAUAUUUCAUUUGAAAAAUGCAAUAAAAGUGUCAUAACUGUUACUUUUCUAAUGAUGAAAGGCAGAACCAGUUGGUAGCUCAUGUAUAGGGAAAAUCAGCUACUGUCUGUUAUCUGUUUCUAUUAUUAAAGCAAUACGUUCAUGUGAGAUAUAUAGUGCUGUACUGUUAUUCCAAUAUUUCACACAUAGAAUAAGUUACAAGAUUUUUCCCAUAGAUGUUUACAAUAAUUGGAAGUGACACACACAAUAUGGACAAAAUGACUAAUGUGCAAGAUGCUGAUUUUAUUAUCUAAUAUUAUCUUUUUUAAAAACGUCAAUACUAAUUCAGAUAUUGUAUAAAUGUUGGUGUUCCCAUUGUGUAAAUGGGGGAAAAAUUGAUCGGCAAUACCUAGAGGAUUUUAAUGAAUUCGGUAUAAACAACUGGAAAAUUGGAAGCUGAUAAUUGCAGACAAUUGUAAAUCACCUGGGAGCAUUGCUGAUAACAUUGUUGGAGUUUUAAAACAAACUGUAUUUGGAAUUCAUGCAUUUAGGUAGUGAAUAAAAUAAGAUAUAAUAACUUUAAGAUUGCAUGUUGUUUUGCUAAAAAAAACAUAUAAAAAAAAAUAUGUGGAAUAAUGAAAUGGUAAACAAAAAGAAAGUCUGUGAAGAAAUUAAUCAGCUUCUGAUUGAUGGAAUAUAGUGUAUAAAAUGAACUGACAGUGCUAUUCCAUAACAUUUCUGAUAAUUCAGGAAUUCAAGCUUUAUAUUUAUAUAUGAAGGAAAGACAAAUUGAGAAAGAAAACUCUAUUUUUAUCUGAUCCGAUGUUAUUAAAUGAUUAAUCAACAAGUUCAUCCCAUAUUAUAUCUGCAAGGAAAGAUAUUGUUCUGAAAAUGGAAUAUAAAAAAAAUGGAAGUAGAUUGACUAAGGUAAUGCUCGUUAACUGUCAGGGUACAUUCUGAUAUUGACACUGACAGAGAUUUUGUGGUGAAAAGUGAAGAUGAUGGUAUAGUAAGAUGAAAGAUUAACAGAUAAAUCCUCUAGCAAAUCAUACAGGGAGGCUGCAGCAUUCUUUCUUAUAAAAAAUAUAGAAUUUCCGUAGAGAAUAAAAAAAAAGCGAUACUGGUAACAGAGAUGUGGAAUUCUCUCCUUACAUUUUUUGUACAGAAAUAUUGGUGAACUAGCUAAGACUGAAUACAAAGAGGAUUCUUUAGAUUUGAAAAAAUUCAGUAAUAUAUGCAUAUGAUAUAAAGAAUUUAUUUCAUUGCUCGGGAAUAUUUGACGUAGCAAGUUUUCUGUGCAAAGAACAGGAACAUGUGAAUGAAGGAAUCAGCUUUAAACAUAGGAAAUACCGUCUUACGUCUGCGGGAAUUUGUUUCUCUGUAUGUGAAUCGGGAAUUAAAUAAUUUUGUAUAAGAACUGACAUAAUAUUUAUACAGGAGAACUAAUAUUGUAUUUAUGCUGGAGAACAGACAUGAAUUUAUACUAGAGAAGGGAUGUAAUAUUUAUGCUGGAGAAAUGACAUAAUAUUUAUACAGGAAAAUCAGGAUUUUUGUUUGAACAUAGCUAUACAUGUAAACUAACAGAAAUAACUUUUUAUUGUUUAUACAAACAGGUAAGCAAUUAUACCUGUUUGGAAUAUUGACGUUGGUAAAGAAAGACAAAAUAAUUAUCCAUCAAACUUGUAGCAAAGGAGAAAUUAAUGUAUUACUGGAAGUUUUAAUCAGCAGUGGAAAAUAAAAUCAAAUUGAUAGUACUUAUACUAAGCUCAUAUUUGAUUAUGUUAUUGAAUACAUUCCUGGAAUUUUUAUGUUUACACUAGAAAGGGCUUUAUAAUAUCCAGAUACUGGCAUCUCAAUAAAAACAGGAGUAUAUUUCCUACUUAUGAUCAUGAGCUCUUGAAAUAGUUUAAUAGUUAGACCACUAUAUUUAUAAACAUACAAAUCUGUUUGAACAUUUAUUUUGAUGUCUGGAUUCUGUGGGGGAAACAAUGAAGUAGAGUCUGUAUAUAAAGAUUUUAUUAUACAAUGUAUUAGGUUGAAAAUCCAAGAUACAGGGCACUACUUUCGUUUGAAAGACGCAGUAAUCAAGACAAUAGUUUAAUGGAUAUGUUGUAAUACAGUUAGUUUCUCCGAGUGAAAUGUGAUGCUUCGCCAUUAAUGGAAUAUCCAUUAAGCAAAAUUGCGAAUAAAGGUGUUGGGAGAAAAGUGGAUCAAAUUUUUUUUCAGAUUGGCAAAUCUAACAUUUGUUGUAAUUUUUCUCUGUGAAGUGUUGGAAGUCGAUUACAUCAGUGAUUUUAUUUGCGUUGAAAAAUUAACCUUUUAAAAUGGAGACGGGAAUCAUUAUUGAAAUGGUUUUGCUGAUUUUAGUGAUGGUAACAACUGUUGGAACUAAUGUGAUAACGUUGUUUGUCAUUGCGUGUACAGACUAUUUGCGGAAUAUUAAUCGAGUGUACCUGUACUCGGUGACGAUUUCAGACUUAUGUGUGGGAUUGUUCAUUUUCCCAUUUGCUUUGUACAGUUUAAUCAUUAAUUCACUCGGAUAUCCAGAAAUAAACCAAAAAUUAUGCCACUUGCAAGCGUACACGUUAGUCGUGUUGUUCUUAUCUGGAUUAUAUGCAAUAGCUUGGACGAACGUUGACCACUAUGUCGCAGUACGGAAACCAGAAAGAUACAAGGUCAUGAUGUCACCGCCAAGGUCACUGUGCUGGAUGGGAUUCGCUUGGAUUGCUGCAAUAAGUUUUUGCUCCCCACCCAUGCUUAGUUUCCAGGACACAAGAUAUUACAAUGAAGUUUUCGUUUGUACAAUUUACAUAGGCUCAGAAAUACCAUACUUUAUAACUGCUGGAGUUUUAGCAUUAAUACCGCCUCUUCUGGUGUUAAUAGUAACAGAUGUCUAUCUGUUUACACAUGGGUUCAAGAAAAAGCAAAAAAUGUACGAAGCUGUGUUAUUAGACGUGUCAUCGAGACCAAGAAAUUACCAAAUAAACUUUUUAGUUUCAGUAAUUUAUUUUGGAACAUGGUUGCCAUGGUGUUUAAUACGUUUUUGUAGUCUAUUUGAAGAGUCCAUUCCACAAGAGUUACAUUUUGUUACAUUUUGGAUAGCAAUGGGCAAUGGAUUUUAUAAGUUCUUUAUAUACACUGCAAUGAGCGUGGAAUAUAGACGCGGCUUACGAGAAUUGCUGCGGCAUUGUUGUUCCCAUUUCAAAUGUAACUGCUGUGAUACUGUGUUGCCAACGAGACAGAAUUUAACAGUAAACUUGACUGCCACACGUUUGGUUGCAAAGCCAUCCACCAGUGGACCACCACCGACCAUUGUUUAAACUUUCUGUUUGGGCCAACAAAAUGUAUAAAUUUUAAAUGUUUGCAUCUUAUGUGUUCUUUCUGUCCUGACGUGUAAUGUCAUUUUUCGUAUAAUUGAUUUAAAGGUAGAGUAAAACUUUGUUAAUUUAUAAGUGUAUAUAAAUUUCAAAUCAUUAUUUUAUAUUCAUUGUUGUUUAAUUUGUCUUGAGUAAACAGUAAUAACAGUUGAGAGAUUAUUCAUAUAGUUUUAGCAUGUUUUAUAAUACUGUAAAAGCAGAAAUUUUCGCAAGGGUUUAAUUUCUGCUAUAUUAGCGAGGCCCUACAUCUCACGAAAAUUAAUCCUUGCAUAAAUAUUCACCAUUAGUGUAAUUCAAAUAUAUCAUUUUAACAAUUUAGUGAAUAUUAACAUAACGUAAGUUUCAAAUUUACGAAAUUUUGACCCAGUGGAAAAUAUGUGCUUUUACAGUAUAUAAUGUUAAUAUCUCUCUUAGUUUAGUUUACGUGAUAUGUAUUUUGUCAUAAUACAUUUGUUUUAGAACAUGUUUUGAGUGAAUUUUUGAAAUAUAAGGGUGAAAUAUAUCAAACAAUUUCACAGUAAAAAAUGUCAAAUAUAUCUUCACUGGUAUGGAACUACAAAAUUGGUAGGAUUUGGUUAGACAUGAAAGAAAACAAAAUCUGUUUGUUUUACAUGUAAAGUGAGAUGUACUGGUGUUUUUCUUGAACAAGUACAGCAGCAGCAGCAGCAGCAACUACAACAACAACAGUGUCUCUGCAGUAAGCUAUUAUUUGAUAUUCUGUCUGUCAUAAUAUAAGUAUCAAUAUUUAACUUUGCAAUUCUUUUAAAAUAAACUCUUUAAGAUUAAUUGCCCAUGAUCUAAACUAACUUUAAUAUUUGUAUUUGCGUAUCUGUCAUACAAAUUCUAACAACCAGAAUGAAUGCAAAAAGUACAAAAACAUCAAAAACUCUCAGACUGGUAUUUAAAGAAAUUAGUUUGUCCACUGACUAAUAUUUAAUUGGCAUGUUGUUUACCCAAGGUUAUGAAGAUACUGGGUGUUUUACUUUGUUGUUAUCAACACUGGAACAUAUGGACAUGUCAGACACAAUUAGUAAUUUGGAAUCAUACAUAACUCAACAGUGAAUAAGCUAGGUGAAAGAAUUUAACCUCUCAGAAGCUAAAUGUGUACCGGUAAAAUUUUAAGUACAUGACUUAUUCUUGACCUGAAGUAGAUAAGAAAAGAUUGGUUUUACCAGAUUUUUUUAAAGUCAUUAUGUAACCAUACUGGUUAAACUGUCUUUAGUCUUGAACACAGAAUUAUACAUUUUUACUCAUGGCAAUGCUAUUCAUGAAAAUAUUGUAUCUUUUUGUUCACUUGGUGAAAGAUAUUUUGAUAUUAUGCUGAAACAAACAAAAAUUUUUAUUAUCCUCUAAUAUUUUUUAAUUUUAGAUUAUUUUCUACAUUUUAUAUUUAAUGAUGGAAGCACACAAAUGAUAUAUGAUCAAUGUACAUGUGAUACUAGUAAUUAAGUUAUAUUUUUCUAAAAAUAACUAUUAUUCAUAUAAAAACAGAUGAAAAUUCAUAAUAAAUAUGUCUGUUGUAUGAAAAUUGUGCCAGAAUUAAACAAUGUAACAUAACAGUAUAUUUUCAGUACAUGAGUUUUGCACUUUCAACAUAUUUUAAGGCAAUUUUAAGUUUAUGUUAGUUCCCUCUGUCUGUUGUUCCUGUACUUCCUCCAUAUUUUUGAUAUCCAAAAAGAUUUCUUUGUUUGUAUGCUAAAGUAUUUUAUUAUCUCCACUAAACUGAUAAUGAAUAUUGGUAUAUGAAGUAUGAUCAUGCAUAGGGCACAGUUUAUAUAUUUCUUUUACUGAAGAAACUAGUUAGAAACUAACCCUUACAGUGCUAACUUUCUAUAAUGAACUUGUCCACCUUUUAAUUUGGACAGUACCAUUAACUGUUAAAAGGGGUGCUUACCAAAAAUAUACUGACCGAAUGGCGAACAGUACAGAUCAUGAUCUGCACUGGUCACAAAGGCAGAAUCAGUCUUGUCCAGCUUGGUAAGGGUUAAAAUGGUUUUAUAUUUACUAUUUACUAGGGCAACUGGGGUCCUCCUGCACCAUUUAAAGCUGGAAAGGCACCAUAUAUUUUAUGACCUAAUAUUGUGUUAGUGUGAAAAUACCCAAAAAACAAAGAAGUAGUUGGUGAUUCAGUGAUCCUGCCAUUCUUUCUAGACUGACUGACUCUCAAUGCCAUAUUGCAAAUUCGUUUGUGUCAGAUUUCCAGGAGCUAAAUGUUCAUACUUUCACAAAAGAUCAACCACAAAGAUUAGAUUCCUUUAAAUGAAAGGAGGUCUUGAUAUUAUCAUAAUUCCUGGAGUCAAUGACCUUUGUGAUGUCAUUAGAAAUAAAUAGCAUAUUCAAACGCUUUAAUUCUUACAAGGAUGAACAGGCUGUUAUUAUCUUAUAGUAUUUGUUUUCUACAUGACACUUUUGCUAGUUUGAGUUCACAUAUACUUUCCGCAGCCUUAACAUACUAAAACGUAUUAGCAUCUGCUGGCCCUUCCGCGCUUCCGUAGAAACAACAUUUAUUACACGAAACUUAUUUUGAAAAUAUUUCUGAAAUGUCUAGGUCUGCAGCUCUCAAAUACGGUUAUAACUUACAUCUGAGCCAUAUACUGACACUCUCAGACAACAUCAAAAAUGACAUUUUGAGCGAUUUGAUGAAGUUCCAAAAUUAUCAAUGUACCCUUGGUCCGUUACGGACCCCUGUGGGAUUUCUGUUUAUCCAGAGCUCAAAUAUGUUUUCAUAGAUUAAAAGCUGACAUGCUGUACUAAAAAAAAAAGAA